UCCAUCUGCAGCGUCCUCUAAUUCCAUCUCCUCCUGCAGCCAGGCCCUCCGGUAUCCAGGCCUGCAUUAGCGUAUUGAUCUAACGCUUCAAUUUGCUAUACGAGUUGCAGCAUUCUCUGCAGGUCAUUCUCAGAGGACACAGAGGUGCAGCAGGGCUGAACAGCAGCCAUUUGAAUGGGUAACGUACCCACUACAGUGAAGCACUGCCUGAGCUAUGAGCAACUCAUCCAGGACUAUCCAUGGCUGAAGCGCUGGCUGCAGGAGGAGAAGACUAUUACAGGACAUGAGUAUCCAGAGUUUGUUAAAAUAGUUGAAGUAGGACCACGAGAUGGACUUCAAAAUGAAAAGGAAAUUGUUCCAACAGGGGUGAAAAUCCAGCUGAUAGACAUGCUCUCGGGAACAGGCCUGCCUGUGAUCGAGGCCACCAGCUUUGUCUCUUCAAAGUGGGUACCGCAGAUGGCAGACCACUCUGAUGUACUCAGAGGAAUUCAGAGAGCACCUCAUGUUCGGUAUCCUGUUUUGACACCUAACAUGCAAGGCUUCAAGGAUGCUGUUGCAGCUGGUGCUACUGAGGUGGCGGUGUUUGGGUCAGCGUCUGAAACCUUCAGUAAAAAGAAUAUUAACUGCUCUAUUGAUGAAAGCAUGCUGAGGUUUGAGGAAGUCAUUAACACUGCCAAAGAGCAACAGAUUCCAGUCCGCGGAUAUGUGUCUUGUGCCCUUGGAUGCCCCCAUGAGGGACACAUUGAACCUUCCAAAGUCUCUGAAGUGGCCAAGAGGUUAUAUGCGAUGGGCUGCUAUGAGAUUUCCUUGGGGGAUACCAUCGGUGUUGGUACUCCAGGCUCCAUGUUGAAGAUGCUGCAGAGUGUGAUUGAGGAGGUGCCCGCCCACGCUCUCGCAGUUCACUGCCAUGACACUUAUGGGCAAGCACUGCCCAACAUCCUUACUGCACUUCAAAUGGGGGUCUGUGUGGUGGACUCUGCAGUAGCUGGCCUGGGAGGUUGCCCAUAUGCUCAAGGUUCAUCUGGCAACGUUUCAACAGAGGAUGUUCUCUACAUGCUCCAUGGCAUUGGCAUUGAAACUGGUGUGAAUCUUGCCAAAGUGAUAGAAGCCGGUGACUUCAUCUGCAAUGCUUUACGUCGCAAGACAAACUCCAAGGUUGCCCAGGCAACAGGCAGAACACUGUGAAGGGAAUAUAUUUAAAUAUUAACUUUUUAUUUAACCUUUUAAGUGCUUCCCCUGUCGUUGCUGCAUUCAGACAUGUCGCCUAUGCUUCUGUUAAAGAAGAUUUUAUUUCAUUUAUCUCAUUCAACUAAUAUAAACUGGCCUUUUUAAAAGCCACAUUUAUUCACUUCUGUUUUCAAACUUUCUCAUACUUAUGGAGAAGACAAGUGCACUGAUUAAAUAUCAGUCACUUUUAUUACUUUGCGGUGCUCAGUGGCCUUAUAAUAAUUUUUUACAGAAUAAGUAUUUUAUUAGUUUUUCCAACCCACUGAACUUUAUCAAAAACCACCACAUAGGUGUUGUGUUUUAAUAAACAGAGAAGAUAAACAACAUGAAGAAAAGGCUCUCUCCUGCCUUUUAAUAAACAUGAAUAGCUUUAAUGCACUUUACUCCUCCGAAGACCCUUUCAGCUCUCAUACUAGGUCAGGUCCUCUGAGAAUAGCAACUUAAAAACAAGACUUCUCUCAAACUAAAAAGUUAAAUAACACCUUGUCUAAAUAGUUUUUGCCCUCAGGUUUGCCUAAAAGCAUUAAGAAAGUGCCCCUUGAUCAUGUAUGUUCCAUUAAAAAAACGUUUACCAUUACAUAAGCUACCGUCUGGGAGUAUAGUCUGUGUAAGUGUCAAAUGUGUUUCUUCCGUCUAUUUAAAUCCUAUAUGUGCUAUAUGUUAAACCUAAUAAAAUAGAAAAUUAUACUAUUUUCUAAUUAAAUGUUACAUGUUGCAAGACAAGGUGGCAAGUAUACAUUGCUUUUAUAUAUAUAUAUAU